AUGUCCGAAUCUCCUCCGCCUCCGUCCUGGAGCAUCAGCAAUAUGGCAAACAGUGCCGCGCAGUUCAUGCGACUACCCGUUUUGGCCUCUUCUGGCCUGGCUGUGGUUGCAAGUGGACUGCUAUAUUUCAAGCAAAAUGAACUAAUCUACCCCCGCAACGUCCCAGUGGAUGCACGUACAAAUGUCCCCAGUCCUCGCCAAUUCGGUAUUACCGACUUUGAAGAUCUGCAGAUUCCCACUCCCGACGGCGAGUCCUUGCAUGCGCUUUUCUUGCGACAGCGACCUGGCCGAUUUGCUCGUAAUGUGACUGUAUUGAUGUUCCACGGCAAUGCUGGCAACAUCGGUCACCGUGUUCCUAUUGCCAAAGCUGUACAGGACACGCUUCAGUGUAAUGUUUUCCUCUUGGAAUAUCGUGGAUAUGGGAUGUCAACCGGCACACCAGACGAGGCAGGCCUCAAGAUUGAUGCGCAGACUGGCCUUGAUUACCUGCGCCAACGCACCGAGACAAGAGAUACCGAAAUCAUCGUCUAUGGCCAAAGUCUCGGCGGUGCGGUGGCCAUCAAUCUUGUCGCGAAUAAUGAGGCGCAAGGAGAUAUCAGUGGAUUGAUCUUGGAGAACACUUUCCUUAGCAUUCGCAAAUUGAUCCCAAAUGUGUUCCCUCCGGCCCGCUAUCUGGCGCGCCUCUGCCAUCAAUAUUGGAUCAGCGAAGACGUGCUGCCCAAAAUUGUGAAGACACCCGUUCUUUUCUUAAGUGGACUCAAGGAUGAGCUUGUCCCUCCCUCCAACAUGGCCCAAUUAUUUGCCGUCUGCAAGUCCGAGUCCAAGACCUGGCGCACACUGCCCAAUGGUGGCCAUAAUGACUCCGUUGCUGAGCCGGGCUAUUUCGAGCACAUCCACUCUUUUGUCACGGAAGAAGUGCUGGGACAGAAAAAUUAA